AUGACUACCGUCUCCGUCGCCGGCGGCCUCUGGACCUUCCAGAACAACGGCCCCGUCACCACCACCUACACCCCCGACCCAAGCUGCACGGCCACAUCCCGACUCUCCCUCGGCACCAUCGACUCGGACAACUUCCCCCACGCCUUGUAUCAGGUUGACUGUGCGACUACCAAAUUCACGGACUGUGUUCCAUCCGUCACUGCAACCCCAACGGGCUUAUUCAACGAGGAUGACUGGGUCGGCGUGGGAAGCUACUACUCGCCGGGUCUGUACUGUCCUUCCGGCUGGGAGGCGAUUGCCCAGGCCGCGCGCGAUGGCGACAAAGCAUACACUACGUCCGGCGCCAUGAGCCUUGCUGAGAGCGACCGUAUUCCGUACUUUGCUUAUGUACCGACUCUGCUGGCGAGCGUUUUGCAGCCUAGUGAGACCGUAGCACUGUGUUGUCCGAGUGGCUUCACUGCCGAUAUCCUCGGCGGCUGCUUCAGUACAGUCCCAUCCUACACCCCGACAGGAGGCUGCUACGUCUACGAACACACAUACCAUAGCUACGGGACGUCUACUUCGGUCUUUACCGAGGAUGGCACCAUCAUGAGCGAGAAAUACAUUACUGCUACCUCAGACUUCCCGACACAUACGACCUAUACUACUAGCUGGGCUUCCGAUGAUGACUUCGCCGGGUUUUAUACGCCCAUCUCUUAUGUUUCCGCCGUUACCCUCAUUCAUCACGAGUCGGAUCUCAAGGUUACUGAUACGAGCGAGGUUACGGUCUCGGGUACUGCUAAUUCUACUGCUACGGGAACUGCGACUUCGACUUCGACUUCGAAUGCUGCUGGGAGAUUGGAAGCGAGAUCGUCGAGUUGGAAUGGGUUCGGUUCUAUAUUGGAUGUUACUGCUGCGGUGGCCUUGCUGGGGGCUGCGAUUAUUCUGUAA